AAGAAAGAAAGAAACUUGUGUUUUGGAGAGAUUGUUGAGAGGAGAGCAAAGAAGGGAAUUUGCUGGCUGUAUGUCAAAAGAUUUUAAAGAGAGUUACUACGGUGGAUUUAGUGAGCUUGCUAACCCUUUGCAAUGGCCUCAACUGCGCAAAAGACGACGCUUUCUUCUUCCCUCCCUCGAGAGGCUGCCGCCUCUGUUUCUCUGGGGCAAGAUUGGACUGUUGCCUCCAGUGAUCAACCUCCAAACAACGCUUCCAUCGCUUCUCUGAUUCUCCCUGUUGAUUCUGUUUCUGAACCUCCCGCAAACCUUUCUUCUAAAGGAAUAUCAGUCAUGCCUAGGCCUCAAACCAGCCAUCCUUUGGACCCUUUGACUCCGGCUGAAAUUUUUGUUGCAGUGGCCACUGUCAGGGCUGCUGGAGCCACUCCAGAGGUCAGAGAUAGCAUGCGUUUUUUUGAAGUGGUUCUCUUGGAACCUGAUAAACAUGUUGUUGCAUUAGCAGAUGCCUAUUUCUUCCCCCCAUUCCAACCAUCACUGCUUCCUAGAACCAAAGGCGGUCCUCUAAUUCCCAGCAAGCUCCCUCCUAGGCGAGCUAGACUUGUUGUAUACAACAAAAAGUUAAAUGAGACAAGUGUAUGGGUUGUUGAGUUAUCACAAGUACAUGCACUCACUCGAGGUGGACAUCAUAGGGGAAAAGUUGUAUCAUCGCAUGUUAUUCCAGAUGUUCAGCCUUCAAUGGAUGCCGAGGAAUAUGCUCAAUGUGAAGCUGUUGUGAAAGCCUUUCCUCCAUUUAAGGAAGCAAUGAAGAGAAGGGGUAUUGAAGACAUGGAUCUUGUAAUGGUUGAUGCCUGGUGUGUUGGGUAUUUCAGUGAUGCUGAUGCCCCUAACAGAAGACUCGCUAAACCUCUUAUAUUCUGUAGAACUGAGAGUGAUUGCCCAAUGGAGAAUGGUUAUGCUCGCCCAGUUGAAGGCAUCUAUGUACUUGUUGAUAUGCAAAAUAUGGUUUUGAUUGAAUUUGAAGACCGUAAACUUGUUCCGCUGCCUCCAGCUGAUCCAUUGAGGAACUAUACCCGUGGUGAAACAAGAGGUGGCGUUGAUCGUAGUGAUGUAAAGCCUUUACGAAUUGUUCAACCUGAAGGUCCAAGCUUCCGUGUUCAUGGGAAUUUUGUACAAUGGCAGAAGUGGAAUUUCCGCAUCGGUUUCACUCCUAGGGAGGGUUUGGUUAUACAUUCUGUUGCAUACAUUGAUGGUAGCCGGGGUCGAAGAUCCGUUGCCCAUAGGUUGAGUUUUGUUGAGAUGGUUGUGCCUUAUGGAGAUCCCAAUGAACCACACUACAGAAAAAAUGCAUUCGAUGCGGGGGAAGAUGGCCUUGGGAAAAAUGCACAUUCUCUUAAAAGGGGAUGUGAUUGUUUGGGCCACAUCAAAUACUUUGAUGCCCACUUUACAAAUUAUACAGGAGGUGUUGAAACAAUUGAAAAUUGUGUAUGUUUGCAUGAAGAGGAUCAUGGGAUUCUAUGGAAGCAUCAAGAUUGGAGAACUGGCUUGGCAGAAGUUCGAAGGUCUAGACGGCUGACAGUGUCAUUUAUAUGUACUGUGGCUAACUAUGAGUAUGGAUUCUACUGGCACUUUUAUCAGGAUGGAAAAAUUGAAGCUGAAGUCAAACUUACCGGAAUUCUUAGCUUAGGGGCAUUGCAACCUGGAGAAUCCCGAAAAUAUGGUACAAUGAUUGCACCAGGUUUGUAUGCUCCAGUUCAUCAGCACUUCUUUGUGGCCCGUAUGGACAUGGCUAUUGACUGUAAACCCGGUGAAGCUUUGAAUCAGGUUGUUGAGGUGAAUGUUAAAGUUGAGGAACCUGGGGGCAGUAAUGUUCACAAUAAUGCAUUCUAUGCUGAAGAGACUCUGCUUAGAUCUGAAAAGCAAGCAAUGCGUGAUUGUAGUCCCCUGACUGCUCGGCACUGGAUUGUGAGGAAUACAAGAACUGUAAAUAGGACUGGUCAGCUAACUGGGUAUAAGCUGGUACCUGGUUCAAAUUGUUUGCCAUUAGCUGGUCCUGAUGCCACUCUUUUUAGAAGAGCUGCUUUUCUGAAGCAUAAUCUCUGGGUUACCCCAUAUGCGCGAGGCGAAAUGUUUCCAGGAGGAGAGUUUCCUAAUCAAAAUCCACGUAUUGGUGAAGGAUUGCCUGCAUGGGUGGAGCAGAAUCGACCGCUAGAAGAAGCUGAUGUAGUUCUCUGGUAUGUAUUUGGAGUCACACAUAUUCCUCGGCUGGAAGAUUGGCCUGUUAUGCCAGUGGAGCAUAUUGGUUUCAUGCUGAUGCCGCAUGGAUUUUUUAAUUGCUCUCCUGCAGUAGAUGUACCACCAAGUGCCUGUGAAUUGGAUUCCAAAGACAACGAUGGCAAAGACAGCGGAGUUGCAAAACCUGUAAGGGAUGGAUUGCUGGCUAAGCUUUGAACAAAUUGUCCUUGGCUCAUGAUGCUGGCAUCGGUAUACAAGAACAAAUUUCUCAGACAUUGUUUUUAAUUUCAAGCCUUGUAUCUAGUAUUAGCUUGAACUCAAUCAUGCUUUUCUUGAACCAGUCUCUGGAUUUGUACAUCAUUAGUGAUCAAUGGAUUUCGCUUAUCAAAGUUGAUGAUUUAUAUGUUCACCUGGUAGAUUUC